CUCUCUCUCUCUCUCUCUCUCUCUCUCCAAAUUCACCUCUACUUUUCACUUUCCCUCUCCUCCUUUACCGUUGUCCCGACUUGACACGUCUAGGGUUUGUUCACUCUCCAUUCUCACUUUGCACUAAUUAGGGGAGAGAGAGAGAGAGAGAGAGAGAGAGGCUCUGGAUUCGAAUCCCCUGUUUCCCAAGCCUCCCUCGGUUCUCGUUUCUGCCAUCCAAUAAACCUCUGCUCCACCCUCUGUAUUUAUAGGAUUCCCCUGUAUUUAUGUUCGAUGUAGAUAUAUAACCACUCCUCUAUUUAUGUCUUCCGAAGACCGUUCUCAUGUAAUGUCACUCGAUUCCUAGCUGAAAUCGCGCUCUUCAAACGCGGCACGAGUUCAGUAGAGAGAGAAAGUGGAAGUGUAACUGGAGCUUCUCUAACCAGUUGUUCACAGCCGAAUCAUCAUGGAGUAACAAACACGAGGUUUCUUAAAAGAAAAUACAGGUUUUUUUUUCUUUUUCGUCAGGACAUUAGUAAGUAACUUUCCGUUGGGAGAUUUGUCUGUACCUUCGUUUGUGACAUGAGUAGGAGUUAAAACGUGUCGUGAACCCUAGAAAAGCGAAGAAUCUUCCGGUUCAAUCAAGCUCGUCCAUUUUCAAUCGUCAUCUCCGGACAUCACGAGGACUCGGGGGACUAUUUUCGCGAGGGAAUCUUACUGGUUUCAGCAAAAACAGCUAGCUUCAACAAAAGCCACCUCUCCCACAGUCUUCUUUACAUCUCCGUGGUCCCCCCCCCCCCCCCCCCGCCCUCCCUUUUUUUUUUACUCCGCUCAGUGCGUUGUGGAUUGUAAAUUUGUAGUAGUAGCUUUCGAAAAUGGCGAUGGCCGUGGCUCAGCAGCAGCACAGGGAGAGCAGCAGCGAUGGCUUCGACAGGCAUCUUGACGCCGGAAAAUACGUCCGGUACACCGCCGAGCAGAUCGAAGCGCUCGAACGGGUUUACGCCGAGUGUCCGAAGCCCAGCUCGUUGCGUCGGCAGCAAUUGGUCCGCGACUGUCCCAUUUUGGCCAAUGUCGAACCCAAACAGAUCAAAGUCUGGUUUCAGAAUCGCAGGUGUAGAGAGAAGCAAAGAAAAGAGUCCUGCCAGCUGCAGACUGUGAACAGGAAACUGAAUGCAAUGAAUAAGCUGUUGAUGGAGGAGAAUGACCGAUUGCAGAAACAGGUGUCACAGUUGGUAUGCGAGAAUGGUUCCAUGCGGCAACAACUCCAAAGUGCAUCAGCAGCAACUGAUGCAAGCUGUGAAUCUGUGGUAACCACUUCUCAGCAUUCUAUGAGAGAUGCAAAUAACCCUGCUGGACUCCUGUCAAUUGCAGAGGAGACCUUGGCAGAGUUCCUUUCAAAGGCUACGGGAACUGCUGUCGAUUGGGUCCAGAUGCCUGGGAUGAAGCCUGGUCCGGAUUCAGUUGGGAUAUUUGCCAUUUCACAUAGUUGCAGUGGAGUGGCAGCUCGAGCAUGCGGUCUAGUAAGUUUAGAACCUACAAAGAUUGCCGAGAUCCUUAAAGAUCGUCCAUCUUGGUUCCGGGACUGCCGGAGCCUCGAAGUUUUCACAAUGUUUCCUGCUGGAAAUGGAGGAACAAUUGAACUUAUAUAUACACAGAUAUAUGCUCCAACUACACUGGCACCUGCACGUGAUUUAUGGACUCUGCGAUACUCGACGACUCUGGAAAAUGGCAGUCUUGCGGUGUGUGAGAGAUCUUUGUCAGGUUCUGGUGCUGGCCCUAAUGCAGCUGCUGCUUCUCAGUUUGUGAGAGCUGAAAUGCUUCCGAGUGGCUAUUUGAUCCGACCAUGUGAGGGCGGAGGGUCAAUUAUCCAUAUAGUCGAUCACUUGAAUUUUGAGGCUUGGAAUGUGCCAGAGGUGUUGCGGCCACUUUAUGUGUCAUCAAAAGCUGUAGCACAGAAAAUGACUAUUGCGGCAUUGCGCUAUAUUAGGCAAAUAGCUCAGGAAACAAGUGGGGAGGUGGUAUAUGGCAUGGGCAGACAGCCAGCUGUUUUGCGAACAUUUAGCCAAAGAUUGAGCAGAGGUUUCAAUGAUGCUGUAAAUGGAUUCAAUGAUGAUGGUUGGUCAGUAUUGAACUGUGAUGGUACCGAAGAUGUUGUAGUUGCAGUUAAUUCGACCAAAUGUUUGGGUGCCAUUUCUACACAUUGUAGUUCCCUUCCGUUGCUUGGAGGCAUUCUCUGUGCGAAGGCAUCCAUGCUACUUCAAAAUGUUCCUCCUGCGGUGCUUGUUCGCUUUCUGAGGGAGCAUCGCUCUGAGUGGGCUGACUUCAGUGUUGACGCUUAUUCUGCUGCAGCACUUAAAGCUAAUUCAUUUGCAUAUCCAGGGAUGAGGCCCACAAGGUUUACUGGGAACCAAAUCAUCAUGCCACUUGGUCACACAAUUGAACAAGAAGAGAUGCUGGAGGUAAUACGUCUUGAAGGUCAUUUUCUUCCUCAAGAAGAUGCUUUCAUAUCAAGGGAUAUUCAUUUACUGCAGUUAUGUCGUGGAACUGAUGAGAAUGCUGUGGGAGCCUGCUCUGAGCUUGUCUUUGCUCCAAUUGAUGAAAUGUUUCCAGAUGACGCCCCACUGCUCCCCUCUGGUUUUCGUGUUAUUCCAUUGGAUUCAAAAUCAGAUAAUUUGACGGCACAUCGGACCCUGGAUUUGACCUCCAGUCUUGAAGUGGGCCCAGCAACUAACCAUACUUCUGGUGAUGCAUCCACGUCGCGAUCAGUGUUGACUAUCGCUUUUCAGUUCCCAUAUGACAACAGUCUACAAGAAAACAUCGCUACAAUGGCUCGCCAAUAUGUCCGUACUGUGAUGUCUUCUGUGCAAAGGGUUGCAAUGGCCAUAUCUCCAUCAGGAUUGACCCCCACUGUGGGACCAAGGCUAUCUCCAGGCUCUCCAGAAGCCCUAACCCUAGCUCACUGGAUCUGCCAGAGCUAUAGGCAUGUUGUGCUUUUAUUUCUCUCUCCUCCGCCCCCCCUUUUUUCUCUUACUUAAUGUGCCAUAUGUCUCAAACUGCUACGAUUCUCUUUACCAAAUUACUACCACCGAGUGGUUGAUUGUGGGUUUUCUCCUGGGUUGUGAACUUGUGCUUAAGAUACUAGUUUGGGGAACAGAAACCAAUGCGUAGGGACAUGCAACCCUUACAAGUUUGAUUUGAUUUUUGCCGAUUGAAAAAUGGGUGAUUUGAUUUCCAAUGUUACCUCUGAAUCCCUCAUUUAGAACUACUUAUAAUGCAAAUUUAUUGAAGGUUAGUCUCGACAAUCUACACACAUUUUUCCUUUGACUUUUCACGGAGGACUAAUUUUUGGACGUCCCAAGAUAGAAGGGAGGAUUAACAGUAAGGGACGGAGGGAAUAGUUCGGUAUUUUGUUAGAUCUCAACUCUUUUGGACAGUUUGAUGUCUUAUUAUGUCCUAAGUAAAAUCACCUUUGAUCACUUUCCUGGACCAUCUAAGUUGCUGUCCUUGUUUGUUAGAAAUUGGUUCCAAGUUUCCCUCAUUCUAAUUUAGUAAUUUUUUUCAUUUUGGUUCUCCUCAGCUAUCAUCUAGGGACUGAAUUGCUGAGAUCUGAUUCUAUGUAUGGUGAAUCAGUCUUGAAACAUCUCUGGCAUCAUCCAGAUGCAAUAUUGUGCUGCUCGCUGAAGUCGCUUCCUGUCUUCAUAUUUGCAAACCAGGCAGGGCUUGACAUGCUGGAAACAACACUGGUUGCUUUGCAAGACAUAACUUUGGAUAAGAUAUUUGAUGAGUCUGGGCGAAAGGCUUUAUAUUCUGACUUUGCCAAUAUAAUGCAGCAGGUACUCUUCUGCAGGGGGUUUGCUUGCUCGCCAGCCGGGAUCUGCAUGUCAACAAUGGGGCGCCACGUGUCUUACGAACAAGCCAUCGCAUGGAAAGUUCUUGCUGCUGAAGAGAAUACUGUCCAUUGUCUGGCCUUCUCUUUCGUUAACUGGUCAUUUGUGUGAGGACUAUUGUUUUCUCUCAUCCAAUGCCAUGGGGAAAUUGGAGAGUGGGGAAAGUAAGUACAAAAGUUGCAAUGAAGAGAAGAGUUGAGUUGAGUUGUGUAUUAUAGUAGGUAUUCUUCAAGCCCCAGGCUGAGGUUUGAAUUGAAUUAAUUUAUUUGAUUGCAUGCUUCCAUGGUUGGCUAAUGUAGAUUUUGUUCGUGA